AUGACCAAAACACCUAAAACGGACAUGAAAAUAGCGAGAGAAGAAAGCACAGGUGAAUCAGAAGAUACUGUAAAAGAGGAAAGGAUAGAAGAAGAUGGCAUGCCCACAGGUGACAAAACCGUAAAGUUAGAAAUUGGAAUGAAGACAGGAGAAAAAGAUAUAGAGGGAAAAGAAAGCAAAUUCCGACUGCCAAAGUUAAAAUUUCCUACAUUUACCUGGUCAACUACCAAGGAUGAAACAGGGAAAACUGAAGGACAAAUAAGUGAAAUGGAAGGAAAAAUGGCAACACUAAAAGAAGGACCAGAAGCAGAGAUAUGUGGAUCAACAGGAGAAAUGAAGGUUCCAAGUCUUGAAAUUGAAACUGAGAUAUCAAAAGGAAAAAUAAAAGAAAACGAUAUCAAAGAAAAGACAAAAGUCAACCAGCCAAGUCCAAAAAAAAUAACAAUAAAAUCUCCCAAGGUAGAAAAUGAUUUUCCAAACAUUAAUGGAGAAAUAUUGAUGUCAACACCUGAAACUGAAAUAAAAAAGGACGAACAACUAUCAAAAACUGACAUCAAGGCUCCCAAGGUGGACAUCAGCAUGCCCUCCGUGGACGUCACCCUUCCCAAGGCCAGCGUUGACGUGCAGGCGCCCGAGGCGGGCCUCAGCCUGGAAGGGGAAGCAAAAGCCCCAGAGAAGGAGGCCGGCAAGAGCAAGGACGGCAAGUUCAAGAUGCCCAAGUUCGGCAUGCCUUCCUUUGGCUGGUCCAGCAGCAGAGAGGCCAAGGGCAGCGUGGCCGCCGAGGUGGACGUGAGCCUCAAGGAGCCCCAGGUGACGCUGCCCUCGGGAGCGGCCGAGGUGGACGUGAGCCUCAAGGAGCCCCAUGUGACACUGCCCUCAGGAACCACCGAAGUGGAGGUGACCCUACCUCGGUCUGAGGUUCAGGUGCCUACUUUUGAAGUUCAUGUAGAAUCUUUGUCUUCUAAAGAGGACGAGAUGGGUAAAUCUGGAAGUUCUCUGUUUAGAAUGCCUAAGGUUUCUCUUUCCAGAAGUUUCAAGCCUCAUGCAGAAAGUAAGUCCAGAGUUGAUGUUUCAGUGUCAGAAUCUCUUAGUUGUUCUGUUACAGAGGAGGCUCCUGCUGUUCUUUCAGGUAGUUUAAUUUCUAAACCUUUGCCAGAAAUAAAGGGAGACAAUAUAUCUAAAACUUCUAAGUUCAGAAUUCCUAGCUUGGGUUUCUCCAAAGUUGAUUUGAGUUCAUGUGUAAUUGACCCUGAGUCCUCAUUUCAAAAAGAGGACAUUGCACUUAUUAAAUACAAGAUUAAUCUAAGAGAAUCUGAAUCAAAAAUACCACCUCUUGCAGAUGAAAAUCUUUCAGAUUUUGAAAUUUUAAAUGAAGAUGGUUCUGUGGAGCAAGAAGGUCUUAAGCCAGAAAGUAAAACAAGAGCUGCUGAAGUAUCUUUUAGUGACACAGAUGUUACUGUUAAAAUUCCUAAAUUCCGAAAACCAAAAUUUGUAAUUCGGUCUAGGGGUAAAGCAUCAGAAAGUGACUUUGGUUUGAAAGUGGAAUCUGAUAUUUCCGAAGGAAGGAUAACAUCUGAUAUAACUGAUCCUGAUAUUGGAAAACCAACUCAGAUCUCUGAUGCCAAAUUAGGUGUCAAGGUGCACAAGCCUUCACUUCAAGUUGUUCUGGAUGCACCAACACUGGAUCCCAAUAUCUCACCAAUGGAAGUUACCAUGCCAAAAUUAGAAGGAGAAAUCCAUGACGCAGAUUUAGGCUGCAAGGCAGAACACGAAGUAAUUUCUGGAGAGAAGGAUACUGAGGAGAAAGAAAACAAAUCUAAAUCAUUAAAAUUCAAACUGCCUUCAUUUCGUUGGUCACCAAAGAAAGAAGCUAUUGUCCCGUCUCAGGCUGAGGAACAUCUGGAAGAGCCCUCUUUGUCUACUUUAUCUGGAGACACAGGCUCUGAAUUAACUUUUCCUACUCCUGAGAAUCAAUACGUUCAUGUAGAACUUGAUACGUCUAUAGAAAAAGAUGGUGAAAAGGUUAGAAGUAAGAGGUCCCAAUUUACCAUGCCAAAGAUCUCAUUCCCUAAAAUUAAGGGUCAGAAAGCCCAAGUCUCUCUGCCUGUACAGGGGACUGAUGUUUGUGGUUCCAAACAAGAAAAAGAAGAUAUUUCAAUACAGAAAUCUGAGAAAGAGGUUAGUGGAGAAAGUUCAGGAAUAGGCAUAAAAAUGCCAAAAGUUACGGUCCCAACUUUGGAAUUUUCCAAACCAGAAAUCAAAGCUCCUGAAAUAGACAUGGAUAUUAGCAGGCCUACAGGUGAGGUCAUACUUCCAAUGUGUGAAGAAGAUGAUCUAAAAUUGAAAUCAGCUGCUGCUGAUGCCAGCCUUUCCACCUCAGAUAUUAAGAUGACAGCUGAAGGUUCACUUGAGAUGAAGAGUCCUGACACAAGUGUUGAGAGAACAUCAAGUGAAAUAUCUGUGAGCGAUGUAGAAAUAAAAGGUGAAGGUCCUGAGGGGAAAACAAAAAUGUCUAAAUUCCAAAUGCCAAAGUUAGGAAUUACACUUUCUAAAGGGAAAGGGCCAGAAAAGGAGGUCAGCCAAUCCAAAUCAGAAGUCAAGGUUCCUCAGCUAAAAGCAACAGUAGAAAUAUCUGACAUUGCUGUUGUUGAAGGACCAAACUUGGAGGUGGAAUGUGGCACAGGAAUAGAGACUUACAGCCCUCAAGUCCAAAUGACCAAAAUUGACAGUAAGGCAUUAGAGGUUGAUGUUCACCUCCCUUCAGCUGACAUUUCUAUUCGAAAACCAGACAGUGAUAUUCAGGAUUCAGAUUCAGCACUAAAAAUCAAAGGGGAAAUAAAGCCAGAUGGAGAUGGAGAAGAGAAAGAAGGACAUUUCAGAAUGCCAAAAUUCAAACUUCCAUCCUUCAGUUGGUCACCAAAGAAGGAAGCAAGUGUUAAACUGGAUUCCGGAGCAAACCUGGAAGACCAAAAGCUUGCUGUAAUGUCAAGCAGAAUAGACACAGAAGUGAGAGGAACUGCAGUGGAUGAUGAAGGUAGUGGGACAGCCCUUGAUAUGGAAAUAUCUAUGGGAAAAGUUGAACAAAAAAGUCCAAUUAAAAAGCCUCAAUUUGUCAUGCCUAAAAUUUCACUCUCCAAGAUCAAGGUUCCAAAAUCUCAGUCUCAUUUGUCAAAAGUUGAAGUUGAUGCUACUCUUCUUAAAACAGAAAGAGAGGGUGAUGAUUCAAUUCAGAUACCUGAUGUAGAAAGAAGUCAUUCUGAAAGGACCGAAGAAGGGGCACAAAUAAACAUAAAAGUGGCUGAUGUUAAGUUCCACACUUCGGAAUUUUCCAAAAUAGAAACUGAAACUUCUCAAAGCAAAAUGGAAAUCAGCUCAGCAAAGAUUGAUGCUGCUCUGACUCCCUCAGAGGGGAGUUUUCAACAGGUUGACCUAAAGUCAAGCUCUACCGAGGAAUGUAACGUUCAAAAAACAGGUAUUAAGUUCCCCAAAGGAGAAGUUUCAGUUGAACUGAAGAGCCCUGAUAUAGUAACAGAAAGAUCAUCAGUUGUGGAUGGAAGAAAAAUGAAAUUGGAAGGUCCUGAAGGGAAGAUGAAAAUUCCCAAAUUCCAGAAACCAAAGUUUGGAAUCUCCCUAACAAAAGGGAAAUGCCCAGAGGCAGAGAUCAGCUCUCCAAAACUAGAAGCUGAACAACCUCAGCUAAAAAUAACAAAUGAAAUUGCUGACACUGCUGCGGGAGUUCCAGCAUCAGAACUUUUAUCUGAUAUGUCAGAUCCUGGAGUAGUUGUUUGUAAGAUAAAAACACCGCAAGAUCUGACUGGUGGCAUUGAAGCUCCAAAAGUAGACAUAAGCCCCCAGUCAGUGUCUAAACCAAGGACAGAGGGAGCUAUUGAGAGUCUUGAGGACAAAGAAAUCAAAUUAAAAGAAGAACAUGAAAUAAAAGCUGAAGAAGUUCGGACUGAAGAACAUCAGGGAUGGUUUAAAAUGCCAAAAUUUAGAAUACCUGCAUUUGGCAGGACAUCCUUAAAGGAAAAAAAGAGUGAUGCUGAUAUUGAAAGAAGUAUGGAAAAAGCUCAGGUGAGCAUUCCCUCUGCAAAAGUACAAACUGAAACAAGUAUUCCCGAAAAUACCUUCUCAUUACCACAUGCAGUUGCUGAAAUCACUAUUGGAAAAGAAGGGAUUAAAAAAUUUGAAGAUUCUGUAAAGAGUUCUGAUGUUAGCUUGUCGAAGAUGGAAGGAGAUAUUUCAUUGUCCACAGAAAGAACAGAUAGUAGAGUGAAUAUUCCAAAAACUGAAACUUACGCAGACAUAGUUAAGCGUGGUGCAGAAGGACAAAAAAUGCAUACUUCAGAAUUCACAGUGUCUGCAGCAGAAUUGCCUAAAUCAUACCUAAGGGCUUCAGAAAUUGACAAAGACAACAGUUUGAUAAGUGAGUUUCCUACAGGUACUCUGACUUAUCAAGAGCAUAAAGUCAAACCGCAGGAUAUGGAAGUCCCAAACGUAGAAAGUUCCACUAAGUUAGAGACUUCAGGAGUAGGAUGCAAACCAUCAUCAACUGAAGUUACUCUGGAUGCAACACAGGCGAAAAUAGAUGUUAGUCUUCCAAAGGAAGAGUUAGAUAUUCAAAAUAAAGAGGCAACAAUUAAAAAAGGAAAGAUAAAGGGUGAGGUGAAAAUUAUAGGAAAAGACAGGGAAGAAAGUCAGUUAAAAAGGACUACGUGUGAAUGGUCUACAACAAAGGGAUCAGAAGAUGGUACUUACGUUACUGCUAAGCUGGAAGAUCUAAAGGUAGAAGUUCCAGGAGUGAAGACGAAUGUUAAAAUUACUAGAGUAGAUCCUGAAAUGAAAUUUCAAGUGAAAAGUGUUGAAAAGGAUGUGUCUGCAGGAGUGGAAGUGCAAGUAGAAGAUAGAGCAGAAACAAGUAAAACUAAAGCAUACAAGUUUAAGAUUCCGAAGUUUGGAAUGUUUCAUUCAGAAAUCAAGGGUUUUGAAGAUAAUAUCAAUGGGACAAAGUCAGAAGCUGAGUCAGUAUCUAAAAGUGAUAUAGGCACAGCAGAGAUGCAGUUACAAAAACCAGAAGGAUCUAUUGGCCUGAAAAGUCCAGCUCUAGAUUAUAUGGAAGCAUCUACCAGAAUAAUAGGGGAAACAGUGGACCAAUCACAACAUGGCCCAGAAGUAAUCGUGAGAAUUCCCAAACUAAAAAUACCAAGAUUCACUUUUAAAACUCUCCCAAUUGAAGCUGAUGUUUUAGCGUCAAAAGUGGUAACAGAUCCAAAGGGAUCUAGUGCUGAUAUUGAGGUAGUGCAACUGGGAGCAAGCUCUGCUAUCUCUGAUGAAACACCAGGGGCUCUAGAAGCGAGUAUUCAAAAAGCAAAAAGCAAAAUUCUGACACUGACUGAACCUGACAUUAAAACAGCACAAAUGACAACUACCAUAGAGUCCUCCCUUUCAAGUACAGGGCAAGACGUUCACUGGUCUUAUGUAGAAGGCCAGGAAGUAAGUGAGAAAGUAGAACCUGAACACGUUGCUAUUGAAAGGUGUGAGAUUUACACUACUGAAAUACUGAAAGAAUCAGAGAUUCUGUCAUCAAAAGUCAAAACUGCUACACUGGGAUUCUCAUUGCUGAAGGCAAAGUUGCCUGAAUCACACAGUGACUUAGAAGUGGUAGUCCAGCAGCCAUCUCCAGCAGAAGGUGGAUCAGUGAAAAAACCUACAUGUGCUGAGGAAAGCUUUGGAGUAGCAGCACAGAAAACUGGCAGUGUUGAACUUAAACUAUCUGACAAACCACAUCAUGAGUCUGAAAAAUUUAGUGGAGAAGUAAGUUUGCCAAAGUUAAAAACAUAUGCUACUGAAGUAAAGCCUUCCAGUAAACUUGAAGAGAGUCUUCCUGAUAAAUCACCAGAGGGAAUAACUUCGGGUCCUCUCUCUAAAGAUGAAGAUGUAGCUGAAGCUGUGGAAGGUGAAGAAAAAGAAAAAACCAGUGAGAAAGAAAAGACUGAUAGCAAAAGAUCUCCUGGAAGAUUCAAGUUUUGGCUUCCAGGUGUUGGCUUCUCAUCUUCUAGUGAUGAAACAAGCACAGAUGUAAAAACAGAAGUAAAAAAAUCAGAUCCAGAAGAUAUGAAAUCUGCUGACACAUCAGAUGAUUCCUCUAAGCAAACUGAAAAAACUGGAUGGUUUAGAUUUCCCAAGCUUGGUUUCACAUCUCCUUCCAAAAAGGCAAAGUCUGUUGAAAAAGAAGAGAUGGGUCAUAAAGAGGGAAGAAUCUCAGAUGAAGAUAGCCCAUCAGAUAAACCUGACGUAUUUUUUGAUGCACAGGAAAGCUUAUCACCUAAAGAAACAACAAGGGAUGAAAAAGUUGAAACUGAUGGGGCCUCAUCUAUUGUGACAUCUUUGGCAAGAACUGAACUGAUCUUGUUGGAGGAAGAAAAAGAUAGUAAAUCUAAUAUUGGUGGAGAUACAGCCAAAUGAAAGUUGCAUUUUCUCAGUCCUCAAUGAAAACAAAAUCAUCUACAUGUACAGAAAAGAAUGUGUUUUUUAAAUUUUCUAGUAACUGAAAAUGAAAACCCAAAGCUGGUAUCAAUGAAAAGAGUUGAACAGAAUUUACCACAUGUAAAUUUUCAAGUACGUGGAUGUACUAUAUGAUGCACUUAUAAAAAUAAUGAUUUCUUCAAAUCUGCACCAAAGGCAACAGUUAUGACAAGUACAGAGGAGCCCAUAGGUUGAACAAAGUCUGAAAAAACAUACCUGAAUCAUGAAAGUAAACCAUUGAAGGGCUUAAUGAUAGCAAAAGGUUUUUAAAUAGGCUUCUCAAAACACACAGUGUAAUUACAUUUAGAUUACAGAUUAUUUCCAGAAUGGGUUAUAAACUAGUACUAUAAGAACUAUAUUUACAUGUUUAGAUUUUGGACCUUUCUGACCUACUUUUGCUUUCUUAUGAAAAUGUUUUUCUUUAUUUCAGCUAAAGUAGUAUGUAUAUUCCACAAACAUUUUAAAAUAUAAAAUAAAAUUUAAAUACUAGUGUAGAGAGACUAAUGCUUUACCUCUUCCUCUCUUCUCAUUUUUUUAUAAUUGUGGUGGGUCAUAUUUAGCCUUAAGAGAUUUUAAAAAUACCAAAACAAAACCCAACAGAAUAAUUUCAAGACCAAAAGCUUGUAACUAAUUCACAUUUUUAAGAUACCAAAAUAAAACAUGCUUACAAAGAAUAAUUAUUCAAAUGUGGAUAAAUAAAUUUUAAUGUAUAUAUUUAUGGGAUAGUUAAAUGCUUAGAAUGAUCUGCCACACUGGUGGAAUUGCUUCAAAGAUUUUCGGGAAAGGAGGUGUAUAUAAUUAUUUGCUUCUUUGUUUAUAUCAAUGCUUCUCUGCAGGGCACAAUGGAAACUAGAGUGCAUAUGUGACAGCCUUCACAUGUACCAAUAAAACACUGUCUAUAUUAUUAAGUCACAAUAAACUCACCAUAAGAAUAAA